AUGAGCGGUGAUAAGAUGGAUGUCGAGGCUGCCGAGCAGAAGUUGAACUCGUUGGAGCACUCUGAGCAGCACUACUUUAAGAGCUACGAUCACCAUGGCAUCCACGAGGAAAUGCUGAAAGAUGAGGUUCGCACACGGUCGUACAUGAACGCCAUCAUGCAGAACAAGCACAUCUUCAAGGACAAGAUUGUUCUCGAUGUUGGCUGCGGUACCGCCAUCUUGUCCAUGUUCGCUGCCAAGGCCGGCGCCAAGCACGUCAUCGGCGUCGACAUGUCGACCAUCAUCUUCAAGGCCCGCGAGAUCGUCGAGACCAACGGCCUCUCCGACAAGAUCACCCUGAUUCAGGGCAAGAUGGAGGAGAUCCAGCUGCCCUUCCCCAAGGUUGAUAUCAUCAUCUCGGAGUGGAUGGGAUACUUCCUUCUCUACGAGAGCAUGCUCGACACUGUCCUAUAUGCCCGCGAUACCUACCUCGAGAAGGACGGUCUCAUCUUCCCCGACAAGGCUACCAUCUUCUUCGCCGGUAUCGAGGACGGUGACUACAAGGACGAGAAGAUUGGCUUCUGGGACAACGUGUACGGCUUCGACUACAGCCCUCUGAAGGACACGGCCCUCUCUGAGCCUCUGGUCGACACUGUCGAGCUCAAGACUGUCGUCACCGACCCCACUCCCGUGCUGACCCUUGACCUCUACACCUGCACCACAGCCGACCUUGCCUUCGUCAAGCCCCUGACUCUGACGGCCAAGCGUGACGACUUCAUCCACGCCCUCGUCUCGUGGUUCGACAUCGACUUCACCGCCUGCCACAAGCCUAUCCGCUUCUCUACUGGACCCCACACCAAGUAUACCCAUUGGAAGCAGACUGUCUUCUACUUCAAGGACGUCCUCACCGUCCAGGAGGGCGAGGAGAUCAAGUGCAACCUCCAGGUUAAGCCCAACGCCAAGAACCGCCGCGACCUCGACAUCGACAUCGCCUACGAGUUCAAGACUGACGACGCCAAUCGCAGCGCUGUCGGCCAGUGCACCUACAGGAUGUGCUAA